AAUCUAUGUGCAGCAACUUCCGGAGGCCGUCUCCCCAGUACCUCAAAGGUCGCACGAGUUUCCAGUCAUCCAGCAUUUGUCCAAAAAGACGCCUACUUUACCAGAGCCAACUGCCCCCGAUGCGAGCGUCAUUCCAAGCUGUACGGCUACGUCUGGCCCAAGACCCAGCCGGCGAGCAGGAACGACAAGGAGGAGCGCAUCCUGGAUCACCGACUUAUCAAUCGUUUCCUGGACCUUGAAGAUGAGGCGAGAGCGCGGGGGAAAGAAGUUCUGGCGGGCAGGCUCGCAAAGAAAAUCGACAAUGUAUACCGAAGGGGGAAGCAAUCCUCCACAACGGGGUAG